CUGCAGUGCAUGGUUUUUGCUGAGAUCCACAUCGAUCAAUCGUUCUACUGGCUGCAAAAAAGGCCUUCUGAUCUGGGCCUCUUUGCUCACAAUCUUAAAGGCACAAAGCCUUCUGUUUCCUCACAAUGGCAUCCAAAGGCAAUCCUCGGAUUAAAGCCUACAAAAACAAGGCUUUAGACACGUCGGAAAUGCGACGAAGACGAGAAGAGGAAGGAGUACAGCUUCGGAAAGCUAAACGCGAAGAACAGAUGUUCAAGAGAAGAAACGUUGAUGUAAAAGAAGGUCUGCAGACCACAGAGCUGGAGAGCUUAUUAACGACCGAUUGGCAGGGACCAUUCUUCCAAGAUAUGGUAGCGGCAAUAUUUUCAGGGGAUAGUGAAAAGGAGUUAGCAGCAACACAGCGCUUCAGAAAAAUAUUGUCAAAAGAACCAAAUCCUCCAAUUGAUGGCGUAAUAAAAUGUGGAGUUAUACCAAAAUUUGUAGAAUUUCUUCAGAGAGAAGAUAAUAGUAGUUUACAGUUUGAGGCUGCAUGGGCUUUAACAAAUGUUGCGUCAGGAACAUCGUUACAAACAAGGGAGACGGUCAACUCUGGUGCUGUGCCAUGUUUUAUCAAAUUACUCGAAUCAAGUCAUGAAGAUGUACAGGAACAGGCUGUUUGGGCAUUAGGGAAUAUUGCAGGAGACAGUGCUGACUGUCGGGAUUAUGUACUUAAUUGUAAUGUCCUGCUUCCAUUUUUAAAUCUUCUAACGAAAUCUGCCAGACUAUCAAUGACAAGAAACCUAGUGUGGGCRUUAUCUAAUCUCUGUCGUGGCAGACAUCCACCUCCAGAUUUUGCAAAGGUAUCUCCAUGUUUACCGAUUCUUAGUAGAUUACUGUAUAGUUCAGAUCCAGAUUGUCUCGCCGAUACAUGCUGGGCUUUGUCAUACUUAUCUGAUGGACCAAAUGAAAAAAUACAAGCAGUUAUUGACUCUGGUGUCUGUAGAAGACUAGUAGAAUUAUUAAUGCACAAUCAGAAUAAUGUAGUGUCUGCAGCUCUUAGAGCAGUUGGGAAUAUCGUAACAGGUGAUGAUGUGCAAACACAGGUUAUCUUAAAUUGCAAUGUGUUGCCUAGUCUUCUACAUCUGCUGGGUAGUGCGAAAGAAAGCAUCAGAAAAGAGGCAUGUUGGACGGUAUCAAACAUCACAGCUGGAAACAGACUUCAGAUCCAAGCAGUCAUUGAUGCUAACAUCAUUCCAAUGCUGAUAGAAAUUCUAAAUAAAGCUGAAUUCAAGACGAGGAAGGAAGCAGCAUGGGCUGUCGCCAAUGCAACAUCUGGGGGAACACCUGAACAAAUAAGGUAUAUUGUUAGUCAAGGUGCAAUCCGCCCAUUAUGUGACCUGUUAACUGUGUUCAAUCCCAAGAUCGUCCAGGUGGGAUUAAAUGCUUUGGAUAAUAUUCUUAAGAUUGGACAGACCGACUCCAAAGAGAACGGAACACCAAAUCCUUUUGCUAUAAUGGUUGAAGAAGCAUAUGGUUUGGACAAGAUAGAAUUCCUGCAAGGACAUGACAAUGAAGAAAUAUAUAGAAAAGCAUUUGAAAUAAUUGAAAAUUACUUUGGAGCUGAUGACGAAGAUGAAAAACUUGCCCCUGUCACAGAUCCUAGUUCUGAGCAAUACCAGUUUGGAGGAAAUAACAUUGAAAUGCCUCAACAAGGAUUUCAAUUCUAGCUUUUUUCAUCAAGAUUGUGAUAAAUAAAACUUGUGGAGUGUGGAUGUCAUAAACGAGAGAAGAGUGAGUCUACAGCUUCUUGACAGAGUGGUUGAAUAUCUCCAAUAUUUCCUUCAAAGGAGACAGAAGUGGAAAGCAAAAAAAAGACCUUUUUCGGCUAAAAAAUAUUCACACUUAAUAAUGACAGAAUAAUUUUUGAGAGUGGUUGUGAGUGGACUUCAAUGAUUAUAAAAUGGUGGACUGGUUUCUUCAAAAAAACUCUCAUUAUGAAAGGAUAUGGUUGUCCUUUCGCAUCUCAAGAACACGUGAUAGGAUCAUAGAACAUAUUUAAAAACUCUACUUGAAAUCUGCUCAAAUAGAUUUCUAAUACGACAACAAGACAGUAUUAUACAGAAGACACAGAAAACUCAAGUGGAAUCAUGUGGAAACAAAUCGUAGGAUGGAGUCACCCAGUGGAAUCAGUAAAAUGUUCUUACAAAAGUCAAACUUUCUGAACUAAAAAUAGUGGCAAAUAGUUGACAGCAGUACUCAUCAAGUGAACCAGAUCUUCUGCUAUUAACAUUGCUGCUAGAGACUGCUAAUGAGAUAACACAAAAUCUCUACUAUCUUACUGUGUUUCCAUGGCAUAUUGGUUUACUGUGCUAUAUGCUAUACUGUGAACACUUCAAAAAGGUUUUGACAUCUUAACAACUUUUUGACAACCUCUAAUCCUGCUCUUGAUGGCAAACCAAUUAGGUAUCUGUGCUUCAACAAGAUGUUUCAAUUUGUUACAUAGAGGUACGAAGUCCAUGCACCUUUUGAAACAUCAAAGUGAAGCAUCUACCUCCUUGGUUAGUGGUAAAUAGCAUGAAUAAAAGUUGUUAAGCAGUCAAAACCUUUUUGAAAUGUUCAUGAUGUGGUUCAUAACACAGUAAUAGCUUCAGAAAAAGAGGAGAGCUCCUUACUCCCUACUGUCAGGACCUUUGCAAUGGACUACUUCGAUGUUACAGCAGCCAUCUUGGAUUGCAAGGCAUUACGGGGCAUUCAGGGGGCAAACAAAGUUUUGUUACAGUAAUGAUGUCGAUUGAUAUUAACAGCUAACCAUUAGACAACACAACAAAAUAUAAAUUAAGACCACACCUUGAUCACCUUUACCCAUAAAAGAAAGUAAAGCACAAGAAACCUGUGGCAAGAUAGCCGCUGUAUCAUCRAAGCAGUCCAUUGUCCUAUGGUAAAAGUUGUAAAUUAUUUACUUGGGUUGAUAAUUAGACUUUAUCUGUUUGUAUUAUUCACAGCACUUAUUUUAAAAGAAAAUAACAAAAAUCACCAAUUAUCUAAUGAAGAAAAAAGGGUCCAUUUUUGCUGGGGCACACUUUUCAUUACUUGGCUGAGCCCAUGGUCCUUUAUAAGUAGGGUCCUUUUUUCUGCAAAAAGACUCAUUAAUAAAUUAAUUUUGAGAGAAAAUGCAGAAGGUUACUGAUCAUUCUAUUACAGCCAUUCUCAAUCACAAGCCCUCUAGCGAUUGUUUUUGGUUGCGACAAAGAAGGUUUUGGUUGAUGUCAAUCAAAAGGCGUUUCCAUAACAUUGUAGGAAAACACAAAGCUUUAUGGGCACGUGCAUAUAGAAUGUCAUGGAAACGCCUUGAUUGAUGUCCACCAAAAGCUUUGCUGUGACAGAAACAAUCGUUAGAGGGCAUGUGUGAUUGAGAAUGGCUGUAAUCACAUCAAAACUAGAAUAAUAAUUGUUACUGAGCAUCGUAUAAAGAAUGAUAAUAAAAAACAGCAGAUAAAUGAUGAUACAAAA